AUGCCAGGGAAACACAUUCCCAAUUUCAGUCUCCCAGAGGUGUGCUCUCCAGACUCCCCCUUAACCAACACGCCGCCCCCCCACACUGACCAUGGGGUAAACGGAGAGAGUGUCAAUUUGCCAGUGAGUUUAGAAUCCGGGAAAGUCCGUGUUUUCCGGAGCGGAUCGGCGGCGGUGCUGGAGACGGUGUUUGGGCUCCGAGUGUCCUACGACUGGAGCCAUUACGCGGUGGUGAUGGUUCCCAGUCUGUAUUCGGGAUCACUGUGCGGACUGUGUGGAAACUUCAACGGAGAGCCGGCAGAUGAUUUUGUGUCUCCCAACGGCACGGCGCUGCCUACAGCAGCAGUGUUCGGGAACAGCUGGAAAAUCUCCCAUCCCGAGGCUGUGUGCUCGGACGAUCCGGGCUCGGUGAUUCGGUGCAGUGACUCUGACCGCCGUCUCUUGAGCUCCGAAAGUUACUGCGGUGUUCUGAGCAACGUCAGUGGGCCAUUCCACCGGUGUCAUUCGGUGCUGAGCCCGAUGAGUUCCCAGGAAAACUGCAUCUAUGAUCUGUGUGCGGUGGGAGUGAGCGAGGAGCUGCGGUGUCAGGCGAUUGGAUCGUACGCCGCAGAGUGUCAGAGACGGGGAGUGAUGACCGGAGAUUGGAGAAAUGCCACGGGCUGCGGUAAGGACCAAAGUUGUCUUUGGGAGCUACUGGCCCCUGCUCCAAAUCACGGUCACUCCGAGCUGGUGGUCACUGCCUUUGGCCGUUUCCAUGGGGACAUGGGAGGAGGUGGCCACUCAGCCCGUCAUCAGGGAGGCAGCUCAGGGCUGAUCUGA